AGGGCCGGGCCCGGCGGGUAGAGGCCGGUGCCGGGCCCCGGCGCUCCUCCCCGAGCGUGGCCUCGCCCGCCUCCCCCGGGCCGGCUGGCGGCGGGGCUCCGUCCCCGGUCGGCCUCGGACUACAACUCCCAGCGCUCCGCGGCGCGGCCCUCCGGCGGCGGCCGAGGAAACGAAACCGGCUGCCCCGGGAGCCCCGACUUCACCUUCAGGCCGCAGCAUGAACGGCAGCGUGGCGGGCGGCGGCGGCGGCUUCUCCGAGGAGGUCAUCAGCCUCACCCGCAGGCCCUCAGGGCUGGGCUUCAACAUUGUUGGUGGGACAGAUCAGCAGUACAUUUCCAAUGACAGCAGCAUCUAUGUCAGCCGGAUCAAAAAGGAUGGGGCAGCUUACCUUGAUGGCCGAUUACAAGAAGGAGAUAAAAUUUUAUCGGUCAAUGGCAGAGACUUGAAGGAUUUGCGGCACAAGGAUGCUGUGGAACUCUUCAGGAAUGCAGGCUAUGACGUGUCUCUGAAAAUUCAGCGUAGGUUGCAGCCACAGAAUGGCCCCGUGGGUCAUCGAGACGAUGGAGAAUCAGGUGGGCUUCCUCUAGCAGCCUUUCUGGUGCCAGGCCUGGCGCUCGCUGCGGCAGCGGUCUGGAUCUUGCUGAGGUAUCGACAGCGGAUGUGAAGAGUUCACGUUUUGGAUAUCACU